AGUCUAUCAUUGCAACAGUAAGAGAUUCCAACCUGAAGCUAACGUUGGCCUUUGGGAUCGGCAUGCAUCACGCAGGCCUGCAUGAGAGAGACAGAAAGACUGUGGAAGAGCUGUUUGUCAACUGUAAGAUCCAGGUUUUGAUUGCCACCAGUACUCUGGCAUGGGGCGUGAACUUCCCGGCUCACUUGGUGGUCGUUAAGGGAACUGAAUACUAUGAUGGCAAAUCCAGGCGCUACGUGGACUACCCCAUUACAGAUGUUCUGCAGAUGAUGGGGCGAGCAGGUCGGCCUCAGUUUGAUGACCAGGGCAAAGCGGUUAUCCUCGUUCAUGACAUCAAAAAGGAUUUCUACAAGAAGUUCCUCUAUGAGCCUUUCCCUGUUGAGUCCAGCCUCCUCACUGUGCUGUCCGACCAUCUGAAUGCUGAGAUUUCUGCAGGAACCAUCUCGUCCAAACAGGAUGCAAUGGACUACAUCACCUGGACGUACUUCUUCAGGCGGCUGGUGAUGAAUCCCAGUUAUUACAGCCUAGAAGACAUCAGCCACGAGUCCAUUAACAAAUACCUGUCCAACCUGGUGGAGAGAAGCCUGCGGGACCUGGAGUGCUCCUACUGCAUAGAGAUAAAAGAGGAUGAUCAGACCAUUGAGCCACUGACUUAUGGUCGCAUCUCCUCCUAUUACUACUUGAAGCAUCAGACCAUCCGCACGUUUAAAGAGCGACUGAGGGCGGAGCUGCCCAUCCAUGAGCUGCUCUCCGUUCUGUCGGAUGCAGAGGAGUAUGCCGAGCUGCCCGUCAGACACAAUGAGGACCAGCUGAACAGCCAGCUGGCUCAGCAGCUCCCCCUGCAGGUUAACCCCCACUCCUAUGACAGCGCCCACACCAAGACCCACCUGCUGCUGCAGGCCCACUUCAGCCACGCCCAGCUGCCAUGCAGCGACUACAACACCGAUACCAAGACCGUAUUGGACAACUCCAUUCGAAUUUGCCAGGCCAUGCUGGAUGUUGCUGCCAAUGAAGGCUGGCUCGUUACGGCCAUCAGUAUCUGCAACCUGGUGCAAAUGAUCGUCCAGGGCCGCUGGCUGCACGACUCCUCAUUACUGACGCUGCCCCAUAUAGAACAACAAGACCUCUAUCUUUUCAGAAAAUGGGCAAAUAAGAAGGAGAGGCCAAUCGAAGGACUCCCUGAGCUGAUUGCUGCCUGCAAUGGAAAGGAAGGUGUUUUCGCUGCUAUUGUUGGGCAAGAGUUUCAAUCAAGUCAGAUUGCACAGGCAUGGUCCUUCCUGAGUCAUCUCCCGGUGCUGGAGGUUGAGAUGAGUGUGAAGGGCUGGUGGGAGGAGAGCCAGGAGGAGACAGAGCGGCCCCUUCCUGCAGCAGGGGCCAACCCGAAGGCGGAGAGCCGCUGGCUGGAUGUCCACGCUGACCAGGAGUACGUCCUGCAGGUGUCACUGAGACGCAUCAACCUGGGCCAGCAGAGGAGGAAGCAGGACAGUAAGGCCCAAGCACCGAGGUUCCCCAAGGCCAAGGAUGAAGGCUGGUUCCUGGUCUUGGGAGAGGUGGAUCGCAGGGAGCUGCUGGCCGUCAAACGAGUCGCAUAUGUGCGCCACCGCACCGCUGUGUCCGUGGCCUUCUUCACACCGGAGAAGACUGGGAAGUGCAUCUACACACUGUACCUGAUGAGUGACAGCUAUUUGGGUCUGGACCAGCAGUACGACAUCCACCUGAAUGUAACACCCGCCAGCAUCUCUGCUCAGGUCAACUCCGAGGUGUCCGACUCAGUGACCCAGCUGUCCCUCAAGGGGAAGACUGACCGAAAAAGUCGAUGAUCAUCAGAUGAGUGGGAUGAAUCUAAAACAAUAGUGAUUGUAUUAAAUGAUUUCUUCCUGGCAUUCUCAAACUGUUUUCAGUGUCACUGGUUUGUGAUGAUCGGUGCAGUCCACUGACUGCUUUACUUGGCUCCACCCACUUUGUAUCUCUUAUCUAUUUCUCCUUAAUAUCUCUAAUAUGGACUACAUUUACAUGCACUAUUCUGGUUUUGGCCCGUAUUCCAAAAAAGAAAAUAUUCCAACUAAGCUGUUCACAUGGCUUAUUAAAAUGAAUAUUGCCCUAAUAUUCCUUUUUAUAUGCACCCGUGCAAAACGGACGCAUGUCCAAAAACCUGUUCAUAUCCAGGUCUUUCAUAAUGUUUAAAAGUAGCUGUUUCUCCUUCCAAACAGAUAUGUUUUUUUUCUUUUGGCCAUGCACAGCUACCACAGCCCUGCAAACUGUUGUCGGGUUGGUUUGUUUACAGGAACCAUAGCAACGCACAGAGCUCACCGUAAGCCAUGAACAGACAAGAGGCCAUAAUGCGACGCACGCAUGUUCCGAAUGCGCUGUAUUCAUGUCCAAAGAUAGCUUCUAAACCCUAAAUCAUUUUGGAAUACCCCUAGUCUUAAUCACAAAAUGCUGUAUUAAAAAAAAGGCCUUCUUCUGAAUAUCUUAAUGGAAUAUGCUGUUUACAUGACCUGUAUCAAUUUAUGAAUAUUAUCAUAUUUGGAAAAAUAGUGGAAUAUUAGGGUGCAUGUAAAAGUAGUCAGUAGCAGUGACCUUCACUUCUUAGUUAAAACAUCUGUAUUGUGACUGCAUUGCAUUCUGGUCAUUUGAAGCUGCUGUUAGUGCAGGAAAACACUUUGUGUCUCUUCUGCUUCUUUCUGAUGAUUUAAUAUCAGUAUGUGAAAUGGGUAAUCUAGAAGAAUAUCUAGUGAUUAUUUCAAAGAGAAAAGUUUUUGUUCACUACAUUUUUUUUUUCAAUCCUAUGUUUUGUGUCCAAGUGACUGAUGGGAACAACAAUCUUUGACAUUGGUCUAUUAUUAAGCAAGAUCGCUGCAGUCGGCAGCCGUGAAACAAGCUGCAGUGUAAGUUAAUGGGGGGCAAUGUUGCAGCUUAUAUUUACCUUUACAAAAAUACUUGUUGUCAGACAACAUUAUGGAAAGGACUUCUAAGGAGGUCGACCUUUUUGUUGAAGAGUAAGAUCCUUUUUUUUUUACAUACAAAACCCACCAGACUCCAUGUAAAUAAACAGUAAUUUUAGCAUCGUAAAAUACACUUCAUUUAAAGUCGACCGAAACAAAAAACUAUUAAAAACCGUAUUGGGUUGUCUUUUCGCUUUUCCAACCAUCAUAACUCUAGUUUUGGUUUAAAUAAACACAUAGUUUACCAAUUAACAUGUGAAAAUAUGUUAGCUCUAAACAUGCUAAAAGUAUUGCUUUUUUAAAUGGAGUCUGGUGGGUUUAGCGCUAGCGACUUGAGAGCUAUAUCUGGUUAAACAGAAAGGUCUUUAAGAUGUUUUAAAGGUCUAUCUCUGUAGAAAUCCUUUCCAUAAUGUUGUCAGACACUGUCAGCAGCAAAACGAGCACUUUUGUGAAGGUACAGUAAAUACAAACUGGACAAUUGCCCAUUAACUUACAUCGUAGCUUGUUUUGCGGCUGCUAAGUGUAGCAAUCUCACUUAAUACUGGACCAAUGUCAAAGACUGUUGUUCCCAUCAGUCACUUAGACACAAAAUAUAGGAAAAUAAGGUCCAGGUUGAAAAAAAUCUGUAGUUACCCUUUAAGAUAUUUUUAUGUUUACCUUGAUUGAACAAGGCUGUCACAUUCCACAUGUGGCUGUGGAAUAAAGCUUUCUUUUUUGCAAAAGUU